AUGCCUGCAAAUGACACAUGUAUUGGGUCAGAUGGAGACAAUACAGAUUUUCGGUACUUUAUCUAUGCAGUAACAUACACUGUCAUUCUUGUGCCAGGUCUUAUAGGGAACAUAUUAGCUCUGUGGGUAUUUUAUGGUUAUAUGAAAGAGACUAAACGGGCUGUGAUAUUUAUGAUAAACUUAGCCAUUGCUGACCUACUACAAGUUCUUUCCCUGCCAUUGAGGAUCUUUUACUACUUGAAUCAUGACUGGCCAUUUGGACCUGGCCUCUGCAUGUUCUGUUUCUACCUGAAGUAUGUUAACAUGUAUGCAAGCAUCUACUUCUUGGUUUGCAUCAGUGUACGACGAUUUUGGUUUCUCAUGUACCCCUUUCGCUUUCAUGACUCCAAACAAAAAUAUGACUUAUACAUCAGCAUUGCUGGAUGGUUGAUCAUCUGCCUUGCCUGUCUACUUUUCCCUCUCCUUAGAACCAGUGACGACACCCCAGGCAACAGAACCAAAUGCUUUGUGGAUCUUCCUACCAGGAAUGUCAACCUAGCCCAGUCUGUUGCCAUGAUGACUGUCGGCGAGUUGAUUGGUUUUGUUACUCCUCUUCUGAUUGUACUAUAUUGUACCUGGAAGACAGUUUUAUCAUUGAAAGAUAAAUAUCCUGUGACCCAGGACCUUGGAGAAAAAAAGAAAGCCUUGAAGAUGAUUUUAACCUGUGCAGGAGUAUUCCUAAUUUGUUUUGCACCUUAUCACUUCAGUUUUCCUUUAGAUUUCUUGGUAAAAUCCAAUGAAAUUAAAAGCUGCCUAGCCAGAAGGGUGAUUCUAAUAUUUCAUUCUGUGGCCCUGUGUCUCGCUAGUUUGAAUUCCUGCCUAGACCCAGUCAUAUACUACUUCACCACUAAUGAGUUCAGGAGAAGGCUUUCAAGACAAGAUUUGCAUGAUAGCAUCCAGCUCCAUACAAAAUCCUUUGUUAGCAACCAUACCAUUUCUACCAUGACAACUGAAUUAUGCUAA